AUGCUGAAAAUUUUCAUAAUUUUCACGGUGGUCCUUCAACUUGGUCAUGCCUUCGAAUGCUACACAUGCAAUACAGAGUUGACGAAAAGUGGUCCGUGUAUUGAUAGGAAAACCAUCUGCGAAAACUCCACAUCUUGCUCCAUGGCGGUAAUGUAUCACUCGGGUCGUUCGAUUGUCCGAAAGUUCUGUACCCCUCCAAACACUCCAAUCUAUCAAUAUCUGAUGAUGAUGCCAGGAGCAAGUAUGUGUCAGAAUAUUGAUAUGACCGAGUUGGCACCGCCCGUUCGUCAGAGACGACACGUGGGACCACCAGCAUCUCCCGGAGAGCAGGCGUCGCUUUUAUGUGUCUGUACUACUCCGUUGUGUAAUAAGGGAGUUUAUUCGAAGGUUCUGGAAAACACGAUGCUUAACAACUUGCCACGUCGUCUGCUCCCACCACUUCAGAAUUUCGAAAAGGAGCCAAAACUGGAAUUCGACGACAAUAUGGCUCAACAAAUGGCUGAUGCUGGAUUCUAA